ACCAUAGCCGAAAAUUGGCUGAGAUUUCCUGCGGAGAUUACAGAGGUGCCCCGCCGUCAGACGGUCGCGGCGUGGGCGGAAGAUUUAUCGUCGCAAUCAGCGCAAUCUACAGACAGAGUUCAGCGGUGCAGAUUCUAGCACAGCCCGGGGCAUCAGAAAGAUGCGACACGUCUCCUCUUAGAUGUAAUCACCCAACGACACACUAUCAAAAAGUUAUUAAGGUGGAUAGAUUCAUUCGAGUUGGAAGGCAGAGCCAUGCAGAGGGUUUAUAUGGCCAAGGACAUCAUGUGGUACGAUACAGUACACGGUGUCAGCUCGGAAUGACGGAGGGUUAUCAAACCCAUCAGGGAUCUAAUUCUACAACGGUCUUGUCUGUUUCUAGCUGCUGUCGUGUUAAUGCAUCUGAUAUAGCUAACGGAGGAGUGGAGGCUGUGUACGUGUGCUGUAAGGAGUUACCAAUUCCAGUCAUGUAAGCUGCGUGGUGGUGGUAGAAUAUACACCCGUGAAUCCUGUGGUGUCAGGCUGCGCUGAUCCUUGUGGACCCCAGCCACGGGAUUCUGCUCCGAAAAAAUUCAUUUGACAUGUAAUUGUGUCGUUAAUUGUGUUCGUGAAGAGAAGUUGAUAUUGAUGCAGAGAUCCGUGAUUAAUUGUCCGGUUGAUAUCGAGGCCGGGCCGCCACUUCGUGAGCGGGUGCCGUUAAUUACCCAGUCGUGCGACGUUUUAGUGCCUCGCCGGAAGGACUGACGGGGAUGCACACGGCAUCCAACCCGGAAAAUAAGAGGAUGGAAGAGGGGCGGCAGCAAGUGUCAUCUUCGUCUCGGAGCAUCCCAUAAAGAGAUCGUAAGGAGGAUCUCAGGGUGGGGUUGGCGUUGCAAGAAUGGGGAAGCGCUUUCGGAGCUCGGUAGCGCUAAAUGUUCGCUGUUGCGAAGGAUGUUGCGCCGCGCAAACCUAACAUCAAAUGUGCCCACCAACUGCAGGGAUGCUAGCGGGCGUGUCCUUGUCAACGGAACUAAACAGCGUUUGACGGCCAACAUGCGUUUGCCACUCGGCUACAUGUCGUCUGAGCGAUAGUGGGAUUUUACACGGUGUAUUUACGGAUAGACAUUGUUGAGCAUGUCACAAACGGUUCAGCUGAAAGCAGUUCAGCACUCAAAAGAAAACAUGUGAGCAGACUCGGUAUAAGAUUAGAGGAGAAGACAUUACAGACAUCGCAGAGGUGUCUACGGUAAUGCCAGCAAAUGUAGCUUCGUUGACUAUUUCUGUGUCUGCAUUUUGAUACCAAGUGGUUACAGAAGACAUAUAUCAACUGCAUGGCGUAAUCCUGAAAAUACGUUCCCUUUCCGCAUAUCGAAUAUUCUGAAAGCCAUCAUGUAUCAAGACGGGACAGGGACGUGUAUGUGGAGACUGCCAGUACUUCUGCCACUCUUGUGGUGUCAGCUGCCUGUAGUCCUGAGCCAAAUGACAGCUGUUAAAAGUACGGCAUCAGUGCUGGGUACGACUCCAUCAUCUAUGACGGCCUCCGGCUCCAAAACCUUUCCCUCCACUUCAACAACCACAUCCAUAACUACUGCCAACCCGGCUCUAACGAUCACCAACCGAGCUUCAUCGCAUUUCGUGGACCAGAAAUCGUUAGCGCUGGAGGCUGUGGAGUCAGCCAGAACUUCUCGAACGUGCGAAACAACCGAUUUAGCGAUAUACACCUCCUCUGGCUCGGAGAUGGACAAGAUGGCGUCCGACCUCGGGCCGGAACUGAAAUCAAUUUACGAUGCAGCAGGCGUUAUCUCAAGACUGCAAAGGUCUCUGCGAGGUGAAAUGAAAGAUGGGAGGAACGAUAUGUACAACGCUCUACUGAACACGUUAUUACUCCGACACUCCAACAUAAUGAAGAGUUGUGUGGGGCUAAUAGACUCCCAGUUCAAUGACACGAUGGCCACAUACACCUGCGUGGACAGAAAGUCACAGUUUGACAAUAGUACGGGCAAUGGGGGUGACACAGACGCGUCUACUCAAUCAGAGGUACAUGAAUGGUUUUGGUCUUUGCUGGGAGCAAACAACACCCCUGCAGUUGGACAAGGAAGUUUUGCCGUCGGACGUGACUAUUGGUCCAACAUCACCUUGGUCUGCGGACAAGAACGGAAAUGGAAAAUCACCUUUUCUACCCCGGUCUACAGAGAAGGAGAUGGCAGACUCAAAAGCGGCGCCGUUCAAGCUGACUUUGACCUCUCUUCGGUUGACAUCAACCAGUGCCCCGGAAGUACAACCAUCUUUGCUGACACCCACAAGUGUAGAAACCGUUCUACCGAGUGUGUUCCGAUUCCUGGCCAAGGCUUCCGGCGCGGUUCGUACUACUGCCAAUGUCGGAAGGGAUACUACUUCCCAGACCCAGGUGCCAAUCAAACGUUCUUCGAUGGAACAGCCGUCGAGGAGGAGUAUCUAAGAUGGCGGCGAGGCAACCGCACAGCGUACCCCAAGAGUUUCCAAUGCCUGCCUUGCGCAGAAGGGUGCGAGUCCUGCCUUGACGGAUCGCCAUGCGUGGUGCGAGAGGACCAACUCUUGAGAACCAUCGUCGCUGGGAUCCAGUGCUUGAGCGUUGUCGUCUGCCUUGUGCUUGGAGUUGUCGCAUUCAAGCACCGGAAAACAAAAUCUGUUGAAGCCUUUGGCCCGUGGCUGCUGCUGCUUCUGCUUUUCGGAACAGUGUUGCUGUACAGCCCGGUCAUAGUGCUCUACUUCAGACCUAUUGCUGCGACCUGCCUCCUGCUGUUCUGGUUCCGAGAGCUCGGCUUCGCCUUGGCCUAUGGAGUUCUUGUUCUGAGGGCACGGAGAUACCUGGAAGUGUUCCAAACCAGAUCGGCUACCCAGCUGGAACUGUCCGAUAAGGGCCUGCUGAAGCUGCUUGCUGCCAUCGUGCUGGUUGCCCUGGGUCUCCUGUUCGCUGGUACGGCGUGUACCAUCCAGGAGGCCCGAGCAGGCCUCAGCAUCGUCUCGGUGGAGGGGAGAACCGGCUCGGGACUGAAGUUCUCCUACUGCUCGCUGAGUUUGUGGAGCUACUGUUUAGAUAUAGGAGAACUCCUGUUCCUUGUAUGGGGGCUGUACCAGUGUUACCGCAUCCGCUCCGCACCCUCCGAGUUCAACGAGCCACUCUUCAUGACCGUCGCCAUCGGCAAUGAAGCUCUGCUCACAUUCAUUUUCAACGUCGCAAGACAUGCGGUCCUGCCAAUCAUCCACCCGGAUGUGACGUACUUAGCCCACUUCCUGCACAGUCAGCUGACGGUCACGGUCAUGGUCGGCAUCAUCUUCAUUCCAAAGCUGCGCCAUAUCGGCCAGGUGGAAAGGCAAAGACGUGACUUCCGGUCUCGGAAGUUCCGUGCCAGAAGCUAUGCCCCCGGACUGGAGCUGGACAACGCCAUACCCCGUACCCAGACCAACGGCUCCAUCUGCGAGCAGGCCGCAGACCCAUCGGAGCUCAGGGAGGAGCUGAAGAGAGUGUACCAGGAACUGGAGGUGUACAAGCUGAAGACCAUGAUGAUGAACAACCGGCACAUCCGCAAGAAGAAGGGCAGAAGACGUCCUCUCAUCGCCAUGCUUACGUCACGAGCAUCUGACGAGGACUCCGGGGGCGGUCGGGACUCUUCGUUUGAUACCCCGAGCGAGCAACGUACGAUCACCCCCGAACCGCGUGAUAGGUGAACUGGCCAAUCCGUACUGGCAAUGCGAGACCUGACGAAGCAAUGAUUUUGAAUCUUCGCCAGCCAAGGGAAAGCACUUCUGGGUUUUUUUUUUUUUCAACACCAUCAUACAAAGAGUGAAAAGCGGGGGAGCGAGCCGGUAAAAAUCCCGACCACUACUAUCUCCGCGACUCAACCUCUGCUUGGAGAAUAAAGCAAAGCAUGGUGCUUUUUCGAUAGCUGAUAGUACAAUGCGGCUUUGCUAAGGCUCGUGUUUUCAACCAAGCACGCCAGGUCACCACUACCUUUGUUGAUAAGCGUGUUGGGUUCUUCUACGUACAGAGGUUUGGUGCAUAAGGCUUAGGUAUAUACGGGCCACCGGGUUUACUUCCCAGUGCACGAGUGC